AUGAGAAUUGGUGCCUUUUUGACAAGGAAAGCCAUUGAAUAUAGAAACAAAGACAUCCCUCUUGUUUCAAAUAACGAGCCUCCUCCUUCUGACCAACAUCUCGAUUCAAUGGUGUUUUCGGGUACUGAUAACGGGCUGGCUGUAAUGACAGAAACUAUUGGCAUGAAUAUGAAAAAAUACAAAUAUCAUUUGUCACUGCAUGAUAGAUUCUCUCCUCUCACCCAUCUCGAUGCUGAUGAAGGCAAUUUGUCUGAUAGUGCUGAUACUGCUGCUGGUAACGAUGGCAAUGGCGCUGAUCAAGUUAUUACGAACAAUGCUAGUGACAAGGAUGAAAUUCGCGAUGGCAGUGUUAAAUGCGAUGGAGAUCUCAAUGGUGAUGAUGGCGACGCCGGUGCUACUGCUAAUGAUUGUGGUCAGACAACAACAUUUGAGUCUCUGCCAGAGUCAUACAAGAUACGUGCUGAAGAUGCCGGCUUUGGUUCUGGCGAAUUCUUGAGGCGAAAGGUCACUUUGAAAGACAAGAAAACAACAGAAGAAGGAAAGAAGGUUCAAGAGAUUGAGUAG